AUUGAAAUUAAUAAGAAUGAAAUAAUUGUACCUGAUAAUAAUGAAGUUGAAGAUAAUAAUGAAAAUAAAUACAAACAUAAAAAUAAUGAUAAUGAUGAUAUUGAUCAAAUUGUAAUAGAUAAUAAUAUAAGCAAUCAUCUUGAUGCAGCUUUACUUUUGUUUUAA